AUGGCUGAUAAAAAUUUUUUAUUAAAUACUGAUAUGACACAAAGUAUAUCAAUUGAUCCAUCUGCACUUUUAACAACAUCAACAAUAAAUGCAUUACACUUUCCUGAUUUAACAACAUCAGGUAUAUCAGAUUCAGGUGGUGGUGGUGGUGGUGGUGGUGGUGGUAGUAAUCGAAUAAUAAAUUUAAAUCUUGAUGGUGUUGGUAUGUGUGAAUCUAUGACAGAAAGUUUUUGUUCAAUAAAUGGACAAGAUGAAACAAUAAUAGGAAAUAAUAUAAAUGGCCUUCAAAAUGAUGCAUCAACAAUUAAUAAUUUAAAAAAUCUUGGAAAAAAAGAAUCACUUAAUACACAAAAAAAACGACGUUCACGUAAAGCACAAUAUGAUGCAGCAACAGAUGGAUUAUUAUCACUUGAUAAAAUUGAAACUGUUCAUAUUGAUGAUGAACAUCAUGAAACUGAUGAUACUUGGUUAUUUCAAAUACCGGGAGGUGGAAAUAAAAAUAAUUUAACAUCAGAAAAUAUUUUUUCUUGGGUACAUAAAGAAUUUAAAGAAAAUGAUAUUAAUGCAACUAAACAUCGACUACUUUGUAAACUUGAUGAUAUGUCACAUGCUCGUACAAUACGAAGUCUUUCAUGUCAUAAUUUUGCUGCUAAUCAAACAUCGGAUGGUGUAAAACGAAGUUCAACAGAACAACAAGUUAAUCCAGGUAUAAAUAUAAAUAAAAAUAAAUUUAUUCUUCAUCCUCAAAUUUCUUUAUCUGAUUUACUUGAAAAUGCUCUUUAUCUAACUGAAAUUUUUACAUUAUCAUCAAAAAAAUUACAAUUAUCAACAAUAAGUUUGGAUAGUAUUGAAAAAGAUCAUGAUCAGUUUGAUUUAUUUCUAUAUGAUUCACUUAAUGAUGAAUCAUCUGAUGAUGAUAAUGAACAAUUUUAUGAUUGUUCAAAUGAUACACCCUUAAUUCAAACUAUUACAAAUGAACGUCAAUUAAUUGAACAAUUAACACGUCGAUAUUCAUCAUUAGAUAGUCUUGAUAAUUAUGAUAAUACAUUAUCUCGUAGUAAGCCUGUAACAAAUGUUGGUCGAAUGACUUCUCCAUUACGUACAUCUACACCGAUAUUCAAUACUAGUGGAAAUACUCGACCAACAUCACCAAUUAGUUCAUCACCACUUCGACAUACUAUUACAAUUACAAAUAAUACUGUACGUUCAAGAGAAGUUUCAAAAGAACGUGAAAGAGAACCAUUGGAUUAUACUGAUCUUGAAGUAAUGGCUAAAGUACAACUUGAAAAUUUACGUCAAGCUGAACGACAAGGUCCAUUAUCAAAACGUUUCGGAGGCAGUUCAAAUACUUUAUUAAGUACAGAUUCACGUGAUGUUUCACCUUCAUCCGUUUUUGGUGGUACACGUAAUACAAGUCCUGUUGGUAAUAAUGGUUAUAUAACACCUCGACGUAGUUAUUCACCAAGUCCGGCUGCUGCCGGUGGUCGUAUUCCAAUACGAAAAAAUUCAUUUGUUGUAACAGAAUCUCAAUAUACUCAUGUAUUACCAUCGGUUUCACCACGAGCAACAUCACCAGCUAUAAGAACAGGUCAAUGGAGUGGUCGUGUAACACCAUCUGCACUUGAAACUUGUAUGGAAACAUCAUUUAUAUCAUCAAAUAGCCCUUUGCAGUCUUCUUUGUUGCCUAAUAAUGCUGACAAUACAUUUAUCGAUAGUGCACCAGGUGGUUCUAAUGUUUCGCUUGCAUCAAUCAGCAGCUCAGCUACUAUAACUAUGACAAAUCAACAGGGACAAAAACCGCCUCUUGUACCUAGAUCAGCCAUCGGAAGAAAUGGUAUUAAACCAAAUAAUCAUCGUCGAUCAAAUACACAAACAAUUUCAACAAAUAUCCCAAAUGGUUAUGAUUUACCUGAUGUUACUGAUACAAAACCAUCGACAUCAAUAAAUCGUACUAGUACUACACCAACAAAUUCAUCUAAUACAAAUCGUCCACGUCCACCUAUAUCUCGACCAUUACAACCUUAUCGUGGUUCACAAACAUCUUAUAAUAAUAAUGUCAAAGUUCCACCACCACCACAAAAAAAUAUUAAAAAAUCAACAAAUGAUUUCGGUACAACAUUUACAGCUAAACAAUUUGUAUCAAAUGAUAAUAAUUUAUUAAAUGAUGUAAGUAAUAAACCAUUAACAACACCAAAUCGUUCACAAAUUGUAUCACAACGACGUACACCAACACAAUCAUCCGUUGAAAAACUUCCACCAUCAUCAUCAUCUGUCGAUAUGAUGGCAACAACAUUAGUAAAUAAUGGACAAACGUCAAUUCCACGUAGUUCAUCAUCAUUAAGUCAAAGUAGAAAAAGUGGUAUACCAACAAUUGGUAAACCACGACCAAGUAUUUCAACUGCUACACGACCAACAUCAACAAAUGUAAUUCCUUCAUCCCAAUCAUCGGACAGUAUGAUGGUAACUAGAAAUAUUCGAACACCAACAACUGCAGCUCGACCACAAAUUCCUGAUAACAUGUCACCAACAUCGUCAUGGAAUGAAGGAUGUUUUUAA